GCCCCGGCGCGCCAAGUGUCGUUGUCGUUUCGUGUGUUCAACUUCUAGAUGGAUGUCGCCGAUCCGAUUUCUCGCCGCAGCCUUCGCUGUCGUCCUAACUUCCGCACCUCGCGUGGAAGGACGACAGACGAGAAAUUCGGAUUAUCAUGGAAAGCUCUCGUCUCUUCAUCUCACGCUGGCAACGGAGGAAUUCAACAAUGAAGUCCAGUUUCCAAGAUUCGCUGAGCCAAUACCCAAUGUGACCGUAACAAUUGGACGCGAUGCUUUGCUCCCUUGCGUUGUCGACAAUUUACGCAACUACAAGGUGGCGUGGGUCAGGGUCGAUACGCAGACAAUUUUGUCGAUCCAUCACAAUGUGAUAACGCAAAAUUCACGGAUUUCACUGUCGUACAACGACCACAGAUCCUGGUACUUACAGAUAAAAAAUGUCCAAGAAGUUGACCGAGGCUGGUACAUGUGUCAAGUGAAUACGGACCCGAUGCGAAGUCGUCAAGGCUACCUUCAGGUGGUGGUACCGCCAUCGAUCGUCGAUAAGGAGACCAGCACGGAUAUGGUCGUUCGCGAAGCUUCGAACGUCACUUUGAACUGUAAAGCGGUCGGCUAUCCCGAACCCUAUGUUAUGUGGAGACGCGAAGAUGGCGAAGACAUCAAUUACAACGGUGAAACAGUGAACGUAGUCGACGGUGAAGUCCUCCACAUCGUCAAGAUUAGCCGACUGCACAUGGGUGCCUACCUCUGCAUCGCUUCUAACGGAGUCCCACCCUCGAUCAGUAAGAGAAUCGUUCUCCGGGUUCAAUUCCCGCCGAUGUUGUCGAUACCGAAUCAGCUGGAAGGCGCGUAUAUUGGGCAGGAUGUUACCCUGGAAUGUCUCACCGAGGCCUACCCGACCUCGAUCAACUAUUGGACGACGGAACGUGGCGACAUGAUUGUCUCUGGUGACAAACACGAGGCUGUCUCGUCGGACAGCGGUUACAACAAGUACAUGAUGCUGAAGAUAAGGAACGUCAAUCCGAAGGACUUUGGAUCGUAUAAAUGCGUGGCGAAAAAUUCAUUGGGAGAAACGGACGGCGUGAUUAAACUGGACGAGAUUCCAGCCCCCUCCACCACGACAACGCAAGUUUCCCCUCACGUGACGUCAUCAAUAAAAAAAAACGGGAGAAAUGGAAAUAAAAACUCGCGUCAACGGCCUAUCGACUACGCGGUAGAAGAAUGGAGAGAAUCAGAUUCCGACGGGGAUUAUACUCUGGUCUCGAUGCGGACGCCCCAAGACCCAUCGGACGGUUCUGGCGAACCAGCCUCGCUACGGGUUCAAGGGAUCUGGACGGUCCUCCUCCUCUUCCUCACCCUCGCGCUGUUGUUCGUUGUCAGAAGAUGAUUCGUACGUUCCGGAUGGGGCUUCCAGUUAGUGUGUAUUAAGCGGUAUGGACGGCAGCUAUGAAAUUUCUGCCGCAGAAGAGUGUGCUAAAUUAUUUUCAUACUAAACGACUUAUAAAUAAGUAUAAAAGUUUGUUAUUAAAAAAAAAAAAAGAAAAACGAAGAAAGGAAGAGAAAGAGAGAGAGAGAAGCGGAUUAUAGUCGAAAUCGUGACGAAUAAGACGGAGAGAAAUAUACUAGAACGAAAUGAAGAUCCAGGUGAAAAAAAAAAAAAAAGAAAAAAACUUAAACGAUAACGAGUAAUCAAUAAAUAAGUAAAUAACCCAACUAAGACGUGAAAAUAAAAUACCGUAGGAAAAACAAAAUUCUGUAUUAUAAAAACGCAACGAAGGAAGCUCGAAGCUCACGAUGUUCGCAACGGCGUCGUUUUCCACUUAAUAUUAGAUCCUGCAAGGACGCGAUCACGUUCGAUCCAGCUGCAGCUCAUUGUCCGAUCCCGGUUACAAUUGCGUCCGGCAUACGGCGUGUGCGCGUACGUAUGUAUGCAUGUAUGCAUGUAUGCAUGAAUGUAUGUAUAACGCCAGGGCGUGUCGGACCGAAAAUCAUUAAUUAUACACGAUGUUCCAAUUAGAGUACCUACCCCCCAGGCCUUUUAUACUCGAAGAUAACGAACAGCGUUUGUCAUCGUGCAACUAAUUACACAGGCUAUCGCUCUGCGAACUAUGUAUGUAACCUAACGUAUAACCCCAGCUAUGUCUACCUGCCGAGAGUUUGGGUGGCGUCCGUUACACGUGCGAUGCGGCAACUGACUCAAACCAUGACCAGGCAGCUGUAAUAAUGUACAGUCUAAAGUGAAGUGAAUUUUUCAACCUUCCUUCUUCCCUUUACAUUCCUUUCAUAUUACUCGCCGUUUAAUUGCAGGAUUCAACUCUUAUGCGAUAUCUAUAACAAAAUAAUCGCGGCAACUCUUUUUUAUAACGUUAUAUUGUACUGAAAAUCUCAAGACGGCUAAAGCCGCAUAACGAUGGUCACUAAUGCACUUUGCCCCCCACAAGUCUCAUGCAGACACUUUUGGGGACAUACUCUACCGGGUAUGGUGGGAAAUAAAAGUGAUUUUUGUUAUUAUUAUUAUUACUGCUGUGGUUAUUAAUAUUAUUAUUGUUGUUAUUAUUAUCAACAUCACCGAUAAUUAUCGUAUCAGGAUUUCAUCACUCUGCGAUGGAUGGAUCGUAAAAAUUAUCUCGACAAACUGUAAUUAGUCCGGUGAAGUAUGUAUAUAUGUAUAUAAUACAUAGGUUCUGAUAUUCUUUUACUGAGCUCAUUCAACUACUAAUGAACACAACUUUUGACAGAUAAAAACAAUAAAUGAAUGCAUCUUAAUUUCAAGUGAAUGUUUCGACAAGAGUUUGAUUUAUUCGACAUUCGAUACGGUGCUGUUAUAAUUGUUGCAAAAUAUUGUAAAUUUAAUUACGGAGGAAGAUUAUCUGAAUACGUGAAUCUUCCCACUAGACAAAAUGCACAUUUUUCAUCUGUAAUAUCUAGCGAUUCGUUUGAAAUAUUUUUCGUAUGUGAAACAGUUUAAGUGAAAAAUAGUUUUCGUUUCAUAUUUUUAGUUUGAAAACGAGUUGUAACCCUUUUUUCGAUUCUAACAUGCAAACGAAAAUUCGGUUGUAUUAACUGUACGCGUAUAAACAGAUUCGUUUUACACCGACACAGAGGACAUACGUGUGUCAAGGUGUACCUACUUAUUCACGUGUGGGAAGUCUACCGACGCAUUUUGAUAUUUCAAAUAGGCAGGUAGGGUAAGACGAAAAUUUAUAUCUUAUACUCCAGGAAAGGUGAAGUGUCUCAGGGUGAAGUGGAAAUGUUUCUCGAAUUGAUGUUCGUACGUCGCGCCGGCAGCUGCAUCGGAUGAAAAUGCUUAUCUACUUUCGUGUCAUCAUUUUUCUUCGCAUAAUGUAAUAUCACUGAUAGCACUUUCGCAUAUCUCGCUGUAAAUAUACAUAUACAUAUACAUAUACAUAUACAUAUACAUACAUACAUACAUAUAUAUAUAUACAUAUAUAUUGUAACUCGAACAUGCCAAUUCAGUGUUCACUUGGGGGAUAAUAAAUUUGACGCGGAAGUAAGUAAUUCAUGAAUUGUUUUGCAUUCACAGAGCUGUUGAAGCAAUGGGUGGCAUACUUUCGUUUCGUUAUCACGCUUCGCGACGAUGGGAAAAUGGAAUUCGAUAAUCAUUUCGGCCGAAGGGAGAAUCCUUGACUAUAAUUCUCCCGAGAUCAUUUCCCUUACACAAUACGGAGAAAUAUAAAUAUAAAUAUAUUAUAUGUAAUAUAUAAUGUAUUGGGAGCGAGGAAAAACUACUGGGCACUGUUAAAUAAUCAUUCGGAGUUCAAUGAUUUUGAAUAGUUCCCAAUAGACGUUUUUUCAGGGCCGACCAUCCCUGCAGUCAGCUAUCUUGCGUCUAUAUAUAAAACUAUACACAUAGUUAAUGCCCACUGUCACGAAACCGUUGACGUCCUUGCAGCUUUGAUGUUAUACGCGAGAAUUUGAAAAUGCUUGUGCAGUAUUAUGUAAGAGAUGUAAUAAAUAGUUACGCGAGAAAACAUCGAUCAAGACCUCGUAGCUGAUACGUAUGAAAUCAUGUUAUAGUCAAAGGUAUGAAAUGUAUAGUUAUGCAUAUAUUGAAUAGAUAUAAACACGUAUACAUAAUAUGUAUGUAUAAAAGAAUCCGCUUUCGGCAAACAAUCAUUCUCGAUCAAGCAGUCGAAACGUCUAUAUUUGUAGUUCGAACGCAAUCAAGCUUACAACAGCGACCAAAAACGGUGUUCAUAAUUUUAAAUUAUCGUUCACUGGGACGAAAAAUCUGCUGAACAAGUUGUAAUGAGAAGAGGAUGUAUCGCGAUCAUUCGCAAGUGUUUAGAAUAUUCGAAUAAAUUACUCGAUUGAACAUAAAAUUUCGCUGCAAAAUGAAUCUAAUAAAACGUAAUUGGCGAGUGUGUUCGAGUAGUGUUUAGAAAAAGUAUUAUUAAUGGGGAAAUAUUACUUGCUCGAGUGACUUUGAAUGACGGAAGCGGAGCGAACCCCGUGUAAUAGUAUAUAAAUUAAAUGCUAACGAACACGAGGCAAAAGGCGACUUUGUGUUUUUGAAAAUUUCGCGAGAUUCGCGUGUAACUCGGAAGGUUUCACCGGAAGAAAUUGUCGCCACAAUAGGUGAAUUUUACGAUUUGUUGAAUCCGCCAUUGAGACCGGUGAAUCAAUUUGACGACAACACCCGGGAACAGUAUUCGCUUGACUCGGUCGAUUCAAAGAACCAAUUAGGUUACCAUGCUCAAAUUAUACCUAUUCAAAUACGCGUAUAUCGAUGGAGUAUCCAAUUAAUUUCUGUGCGUGGCUCCAAAGUGAGAAUCUUUCUUCUCUUCACGGACUGUGACCGGCCAGAGGCGUCAAAGGAAAAUCGCGCGUAUUUUCCAAGACCCAAAUUUUGUUGAUCUGGUUUCAUGGCCGUAAAACUAUUUCGUUUAUUCGUAACGGAAGUAAAAUAUACGCGACGCUUAUUUCUGUGCACGUGUAGAAGCACGUGAAAAAUAAAGCUGCAAUGUGUCCUGUUGAUUAAGAGAGGAGUGUAUGUGCUGUGAGAUGUUAGUACUGAGAAUGUAUAACAACUUUUCAGCUGUAAAAAUCUUGCUCUACGAGUAUUGUACCUAGAUGAAAAUCGGUCGUCGGAAUGAAAUCGUAAAACUGCAGAGGGAAAUGUGAGGGAAUAUACAAUGAAACUUGAUAUCUCAGCUUGUAAAAUCAAAGCGCAUAUUCGUAUAUUAAUCUGGUAAACAAAACCUCUCGCUGGUCUUUGAUCGAUUCAAUUGCUGGAUAUGUUCGGUCUUGAAAUUUGAACAACACAACUUAUGAACAUGAAAUACAUAUUAGCAAUGUAACGUGAUAUUGUGUAACGAAGUGAAAUUUGAAAUGUCAAGCCCAAGUGUGAUUGUAAAUAAGCGUUCUCAAAUUCCUGAAGAGUAUGACGUAUCAAAUUCAAUUAUUCAAUAUUACUCGUGCUCAUUGAACAUUUUCUAAUUAUUUAUUUCCUUUUUCUUUCUUGUUUUUUGUAAUCACGAUCGAGAUUGGCUGUCAAUAUGAAAUCAUUCGGUGUUUGGACAGUGGCGCACGGUGCUCCAGCUGUAAUAGGACAGCGACUUAAACGGCCUCGUAACGCGAGCCUUCCAUUUUUAUUCAUCGGGUUUUCUUUUUUCUCGUGUUCGUUUAAAAAUUGUACAGAGUGUGUGGUGUUGAGAGAGUGAAAGAGAGAGAGAGUGAAAGUAACUGAUAAGCUACGUAUAGUCACUUCGACCGAGAUGAACAUCACUUGACUGAACUGAACUAAACUUCUCGGGAGCCUGAAAGAUAAUACUAAAAGCGAAGAAUGGGUUCCGAUUGGUGCAGAAUAGUACGACUGUAUAUAUAACCACACUGGUGGCGUCCCGGUAUUUCUUGCAAAGAAGUCGACCCGCGGUAAUGAGAGAAAACGAAAGGGUCGAAGUCGGAGGGUCACCUGGGAUCCGGUCACAAGUUCGAACUUCAACCUCAAGUAUAGAGGCGAAAAGCUUCGUGACCGUAUUGAAGAUACGUCGAGGUGAUCUAGCGAAGCGCGUUCCGACCUUUGUGUCAGUAGCGUGUCAAUGGUCCGGAGACGGCUGUCUCGUGACAAGCUGGUUAUGUGCCACUGACAAAUAUUACCAACCCAUGUCAGGCUGUCACGCUACCGCGGGCACGUAGCUAGGCUAGCUCGCGGUUUGUAAAACGAUUUUUGUUGUUUGACUAUACGGAGGUUGAUUGGAAAAAAGAAUAAAUAAAUAAAGCCCCGCGGACGCGCGAAGCUGAUUGGAAAGCCUGCGUUUGGUGGAAAUUCAUUCGGUCCUCGAUUAAAGCGCGUGAGAGAAUUUUCGGUGCACACGGAUUUUCUCCCGCCGUCGAUUACCUCGUCUGCAUCACUCGGAGUCACAUUCUAUGCGUGAGAUAGAUUAAUAAGGAAAUACCGAUAUUAUAAUGUUAUGAUAUUAUAUAAUACAUGACUAUAAUUUAAUAUAUAUUACAGUAUAGAAAAUAUAGUAGCGGUACGAUGAGAUAUUGAGAGAAGUGGUGAGCGGUGAAUUCGGAGUAAACUAAAAGAGAAUAAAAAUAAAAAAAAAAAAAAA